AUGGUAGAGUCACAGAAGCGUAUGCACUCAAAAUUUGUUAGUUGCAAAAAAAAGUUUGGAAGAAAGAUCAAGGUUCUGACGGCUGAAGUGCUGGACCCUUCUUUUGCUCUGCUCGCUUUUCGUGGUGAUAGCAACGCAGAAAAGAGAUACGACGACGACGCUCAGCGUUGCUUUGCUUCUUCUCUUUCUUGGACAUCGUCCGACACAUCCUCUCGCUUCUUCCGAUAG